AUGAAGUCCUUCAUCGAUGUUGCUCCAACCUCGGAUUUCCCGAUUCAGAACUUGCCGUAUGGAAUUUUCUCAACACAACCAGAUGGUCCACGCCACAUCGGAGUUGCCAUUGGAGACCAGAUCCUCAACUUGGCUGAAAUUGCCGAUCUCUUUGACGGACCAGAAUUGAAAGCACACCAAGAUGUCUUCAAGAAGUGCACUUUGAAUGCCUUCAUGGCUCUUCCACGCCCAGCUUGGCUCGAAGCUCGUGCAAAAAUUCAGCAGCUUCUUUGCGAGAACUGUACAGUUCUGAGAGAUAAUGCCGAUUUGAGAAAACGUGCCUUCGUCGCUCAAUCCGCUGCCACCAUGCACCUCCCAGCCCAAAUCGGAGACUACACCGACUUCUACUCAUCCAUUUACCACGCUACCAACGUCGGAAUCAUGUUCCGUGGAAAGGAAAACGCCUUGAUGCCAAACUGGAAAUGGCUCCCAGUCGGAUACCACGGCAGAGCAUCCUCUGUGGUUGUAUCUGGAACUGACUUGAAGAGACCAGUCGGACAGACAAAGGCUCCAGAUGCCGAGGUUCCAUCAUUCGGACCAUCAAAGCUGAUGGAUUUCGAGCUCGAGAUGGCGUUCUUUGUUGGAGGACCAGAAAACACUCUCGGAACCCGUGUUCCUAUUGAGAAGGCUGAAGAUCGCAUCUUUGGAGUGGUUUUGAUGAAUGAUUGGAGUGCUCGUGACAUCCAAGCCUGGGAGUAUGUACCACUUGGUCCAUUCCUCGCCAAAUCCUUCUCCACUACCAUCUCUCCUUGGAUUGUCUCCAUUGAAGCUCUGCGUCCAUACUUUGUUGAGAACCCAGCACAAGACCCAACUCCACCUGAGUACCUUCGCCACAGCGAUCCAUUCACCCUCGAUAUCAACUUGGCUGUCACAAUCCGUCCAGAAGGAGACACUGAGGAUCACGUCGUCUGCAAAACUAACUUCAAACACUUAUACUGGACUCUCAAGCAACAACUAGCUCACCAUACCGUCAAUGGUUGCAACCUCCGUGCUGGAGACCUGUUGGGAUCCGGAACAGUCUCUGGACCAGAAGAAGGAGCCUACGGAUCUAUGCUCGAACUCUCAUGGCGUGGAGCCAAAGAAGUCCCAGUCGGAAGUGAGGUGCGCAAAUUCUUGAAGGACGGUGACGAAGUCAAUCUCUCCGGUGUGUGCGACAAGAAUGGCGUUAGAAUUGGUUUCGGAGAAUGCCGCGGAAGAAUUCGCCCAGCCGAUAUCUAA